UGCCGUGGGAAGUAGCAAUGCCCAUACUAUCCAUCGCGCGCCCACACCACAGCACCCACAAGCUCAGUUCCUUCUCGGCUAUGAUGCACAGAAUCUCAACACGCUACCUUGAUUUUGAACGUUAUGGAGUCGACAAACAAGGGCAAAGCAGACCUGGGGUACCGGAACCACGAGCAAGACGCUGUGAAAGAACUGGAGAUCAACGAACACAAGCCGCCACAUACCAGGUCAAUUCACACAAUUCAGUCCCAUACAGCGCACGCCAACAACACCAUCUCCUUGCGGGACGUUCUUCCCGUCUCGGUUCGACUCAGCCACCUUUCGAUAUCCGUUGAUGUUUCGUCCAACGCGUUCGCAAAACUAUUCUCGAAGAACAAGGCGUCGACAGGCCAGAGGGACGUGAAGAACAUCCUCGACGAUGUCUCUACGGACAUUCGGUCGGGUACCAUCACAGCCAUACUGGGUGGCAGUGGCAGUAGCAAAACAACCCUACUGAACAGCAUGAGCGGUCGCAUGAAAGCGACCUCCGGAUGCACUUUGUUUAAUGGUACCGAGGAUAUUUCGAGUAUCAAAAGUGCAUAUGUAAUACAACAAGACAUUCUGCUACCGACAUUGACCGUUCGAGAGACGUUGACAUAUGCUGCUCAACUACGCCUUCCGGCUUCCGUCACGCAGGCUGAAAGAAAGCAAUUGGUAGAAGAAGUCAUCGCAGAGUUGAGUCUGAAGGAGGCGGCGGAGACGCGAAUAGGGAAUCACGCGCACAAAGGCUGCAGUGGUGGCGAGAAAAGACGGACAAGUAUUGGGGUGCAGCUUCUUUCAAACCCAAGUGUGCUGUGGCUAGAUGAGCCAACUACCGGCCUCGAUUCGACGAGUGCUUACCAAGUCAUCAAGACGCUGCAGAACUUGGCGCGACAAGGACGCACGAUUAUCGUGACAAUCCAUCAGCCACGGUCUGAAAUCUGGAGUCUCUUCGACAAUGUCAUCCUGCUCACCCGCGGCAGCCCUGCGUAUGCUGGCAGCGCAAAAGACUGCCUUGACUAUUUCGCAAAACUUGGCCACGAGAUGCCACCAUUUACAAACCCGGCAGAGUACCUCAUUGAUGUGGUCAGUGUCGACAACAGGAGUAAAGAAGCCGAAGCUGUUGCUGAAGAAAGGGUACAGCGCAUCAAAGCAGCCUGGAGACAGCACUGUGAUGUGACAGUCAGCGAGAAGCAGCAGCAGCAUGUCGUUGCAGCUCGAGUCGAGCGAAACCCCAGAUCAUUGGCACCACGACAUUCCAGCAUGCUUCAGCAGAUCAGAGUGCUCACAUCAAGAACCUGGGUUGUGACCAUACGAGAUCCAAUGGGCAUGUUCGGUAGUCUCUUGGAAGCCAUCAGUAUGGCGAUCAUCACGGGAUGGAUCUUCUUACAUGUCGAUGGAUCCUUAUCUGGCAUCCGUUCUCGACAAGGCGCGUUGUACAACGCCGCUGCGCUCCAAGGCUACCUUAUCCUGCUCUUCGAGACAUAUCGUCUUACGGAUGACAUUCAGCUUUUUGACGAAGAAGCACGUCAGGGUGUUGUCAGCAUUCCGGCCUUCUUGAUCUCCAGACGAUUUGCACGCUUCUUCAUUGAAGAUCUCCCCGUGCCUCUUUUCUUCUCGGUUAUCUACUACUUCAUGGUUGGCUUUCGCGCCGAUGUUGGACAGUUUCUUACGUUCUUCAGCGUCAUUUUGUUACAACACUAUAUCGCUGUGUGCUUCGCCACGGUCUGUGUAGCCGUCUCGAGGAAUUUUGCAGGAGCCAGUCUUGUGGCAAAUCUUGCAUACACCUUGCAAUCGAUGGCCUGCGGGUAUUUCAUUCAGUCAAAUACCAUACCGAUCUAUGUAAGAUGGACCAAGUGGACUGCUUAUGUGUUCUACGCUUUCGGGGCUCUGUGCGCAAAUGAGUUCACAGGCAGCUUCUACGAUUGCCCUGUAGGUGGUUCAACUGAUGAGGCAUGUAAGGAGUACACUGGCGACUUCAUCAUGGAUUCACUCGGCUUCCCUAAUGACUGGGUAUGGCGUCCAAUUCUCGCUUUGACUGGAUAUAUCUUCGCAUUUUACGCAGGAGCAGCCGUCCUCUUAAGAUACUGGAAAGCCGAGAUCGCCAUGGCUCGAGCACGACCCUCUAAUAUGGAUGCAUCUGCUGGCAAAGAGAAGAUGAGCGAGCACACCCCCAGUGAAGUGCGAAUGAUUGACAUCCGUCUUGAAACAUUCGGUCUCGAUGUCGAAAAACGCACUCUACGAUCACAGACAACCAAGACGAUCCUCAACCCACUCACUGCAGAGUUCCGGCCAGGGUCUUUGAACGUCAUUAUGGGCCCGUCAGGGUCUGGAAAGACAUCACUACUGAACAGCAUGUCUGGUAGACUGAAAGACGACUUCUCGACAAGGUACAAGACGUCAGGUACAAUGACAUUCAAUGGUCUCGCGCCAUCCGAAGAUGUCGUUCAUUCGAUCUGCUCCUUCGUGCCCCAGGACGAUGAUGCUCUCCUGGCUUCCCUGACCGUUCGCGAAACUCUUUGCUAUGCUGCGGGUCUUCGCCUUCCGAAAUGGAUGUCCAAGCAGCAGAAGACACAAAAGGCCGAAGAAACCAUCCUCAAAAUGGGUCUGAAAGAUUGCGCAGACAACCUGAUUGGCAAUGAUCUUGUCAAAGGUAUCAGUGGUGGCGAAAAACGCAGAGUGACUAUUGCCGUCCAGAUCCUCACGGAACCACGGAUUCUUCUUCUCGACGAACCUCUUUCAGGGCUCGACGCAUUUACUGCACUAUCCAUCAUGGACGUUCUCCUGAGUCUUGCUCAUGAAGGCCGAACGCUCAUUGUCACGAUCCACCAGCCCCGCACAGAUCUAUUCGACCAAUUCGGCAACAUCAUGCUCCUCGCUCGUGGAGGCCACCCCGUCUUUGCGGGACCAGCUUCCCAGAUGCUCCCACAUUUUGCUGCCCAGGGCUACGACUGCCCUCUUCACGUGAAUCCCGCAGACUUCGCUCUCGAUUUGAUCACUGUCGAUCUACAGCACUUAGAACGCGAGGAAGCCAGUAGGGAGAAGGUCCGCAAACUGGUCGAAGCGUGGCAUCCUGACCUCGUCCCUACUACAAGAAUUGGCUCAAUCGCGACGCCAGCUGAGCUGGGUAGUCUGGCUCGCGAACCUGCAAGCUUUGCAGCGGCAUACCCAAUUCUCAUUCGUCGCGCUACGAAGAACUUCUUCCGCAUGCCAGACCUAAUCAUUGCACGCGUCAUGCAGGUUGUUGGUCUUGGCAUUGUUUUGGCACUCUUCUUCGCCCCGCUCAAAAACGACUACUUCUCUAUCCAGAACCGAAUGGGUUUCCUCAUCGAGAUUGCCCCGCUAUACUUUGUUGGUAUGCUGAACAACAUCGCCACCUACCCUGUCGAGCGAGACGUCUUCUAUCGCGACUAUGACGACCGCAUCUAUGGCGUUGAGGCCUUCUUCUUGACCUAUAUCUCAAUCACCACGCCUUUUGAAAUAAUUUCUUGCUUUGUAUUUGCAGUCCUUGCAGUCUUGGCUGUUGGUCUCGAGCGCGACGCUACCACGUACUUCGUGAUCACCUUCAAUGCGUUUUGCAUCACCAGCUGCGGUGAGAGUCUGGGUAUCGCUUUCAACACGCUGUUCAUGCAUACAGGCUUCAGCGUCAACAUUAUGAGCGUGUUCUUGAGCGUUGCGCAGGUCAUGGGUGGCGUCAUCUCGCUCAAUAUCCCAUCGUUCCUGCAAGCGUUCAACCACCUCUCCCCAGUCAAAUGGGCAAUUGGUAACAUGGCGCCUUACACACUCCGCGAUCUGCAGUUCACUUGCGAAGACUGGCAAAAGAUCAACGGACAGUGCCCCAUCACCACUGGACAACAGGUCUUAGAGUUGUAUAAACUAGACAAAGAUCCAGGGAUAUACAUUAUGGCGCUAGGAAUCUGCGCGAUAGUGUACCGAUUCUUGGCGUAUGUUGUGCUGAAGUGUGUAAAGGAGAGAUGGGUAGGGAGGUUAUGGAAGGAAAUAGGAGGUGGCAAGAAGAAUGCACCUGCCGGUACAGCUGUACAGAGUCGAGUUUUGACUGCCUCAGACUAACGGAAGACUAAGUUACCUAAUGGGCUACUUAUACCACAAGAAAGUGCUCAAACAAUGUGCGAUAUAAGCUCAAUAUCAGACAUCUCGAUGUAUUCUUCAGGACAAGGGUGUAAAGUCUGGCUCAUGGAAGUUUUUGUGAUGGGAAGACUGAAACAUCUUUGUUGUAAUCUAUUCGGUAUUCUAGGUAUGGCGGUUCCAUGGAAUAGUUGCUCCUCAUCCUGAAACAGAGACAGACUCGUGUAAAUCGGACAACUCCUGGCUAUUGGUCAUAACUUCGGGCAUUAGAAGGAUACACAACCAUAAAUUUCCUCCA